GCCCACGGCCCGGGCAGGAUCGCCCAGCACCCAGAGUGCGAAUGUUUAAGCGACUCCAUCUCACAGCAACUGACUGUCAAGACCUUUCCCACUCCCAGGAGGGUUCAUCUUCCCUGACCCAGCCCUUCAGUCAAAGAUGGAGCAGCAGAGAUCUGAACUGGGGACUCUACCCUAGCCCCAGAACCAAGAGGUGGAGUAAAGGGCCGAGCUCUCAGAGACGUGUCUCGGCCUGUUUCUCGGCUGCCCGCCCAGCGGGUUCCAGAGCCAUGGCCGAAGCCCCCGUCGACCACGAUGGCUCCCAGGAAUCCGGCGAUGUGCUGAUCUCCGGCUACGAGCCGCGGGCCGGGGGAGUCGGGGCCGGCCGGGGCUCCCCCGGACCCUCCCUGUCUUGCAGGAAGCGCCCUGCCUGCUUUGGGGAGGGGACUGAGAGCCAGCCCCCGGGGCCUGACCAGUGGGGUGGGACAGUGAAGAAAGCUCUGAGAGGCCCUGGGCUUCCGCCUCAUCCAGGGUCUGGGGAGAUCCUGCAGGAAACCGAGGGCAGCUUCUCACGGCGUCACCCGGGGCACGAGGCGAUCCGACAGAAAGGUGACCUCCCUCGGCACGUUGCCGAGCAGUGGGAGAUGAAGCAGGAAGCCCCGGCCGACUCUUCCCGGCUCUCCCCAAGAUCCAGAGCCGCAAAAUGGGACACUGGGGACCGGAGCCCCGACCCCAUUCCCGACCCUUGCUUUGGACUCCUGGGCACCUCAUCUUCCCAGGAGCCCCAAGGGCACAUUUCCAGUCUCCCUGAAGAAAUCCUGAGGACCAUCUUCAGUUUCCUGUCCGUGAGGGACCUCUGUCGCAACCUGAGCCUCGUGUGCCACCUCUGGAGGGAGAUCAUCAGCGAUCCGCUGUUCAUCCCCUGGAAGAAGCUGUACCUCCAGUACCAGAUGAGCGAGGACCAGGCCAUCCGCAAAGUGGACGGCAUCCUGGCGAGCUGCGGGCUGUCCAAACGGGAGAACCGCUGCCUGCUGAAUCUCAUACGGUAUUCAGCCACCUCUAAAGGGGUCCAGUGCCGAGACCCCGAAGCGGCCCUCGCUUGCCUGAAGGACCACCCGCUGUUUCCCAAGGCGGAAGCCUGCCUGCAGACCCAUCUGCCCGACCUGUACAGUGGUGGCGGGGGGAUCAACGUGUGGGCCUUGAUGACGACAAUCGUGCUCCUUUCCAGUGGCGUUAGCGACAUCCAGGGCCUGCUCUCCUGCCUCGGGAGACCCAGCUCCAAGCUGUCCAUGUUGGACAUCACCGAGGCCAUGUACUGCCUGGCCGUGCUGCUGUACGCCAUGAGAGAGAAGGAAAUUCCCGUCAGCAACAGGUUUCAUUACAUCAUCUCCUACUGCCUGCACCUUCUGGAGAAUUCCAGCAGUCCUAUUGGAGGGGUAAGACAGGAAUCAGCCUGCCAGGAUGGGAGGGCCAUCCAGCUGACUCAUGAACAACAGCAGAUUCUGAACCACAGAAUUGUGCCUGGCCAGGUGGUGAAAAUCAUGGCAUUUGCAGGUACCGGGAAGACUUCGACCCUGGUCAAGUAUGCUGAGAAGUGGUCAGAUACCAAGUUCCUCUAUGUCGCAUUCAACAAAUCUGUCAUAGAUCAGGCCAAGGGCGUCUUCCCCAAGAAUGUCACCUGCAAAACCUUUCAUUCCAUGGCCUACCAACAGUUCGGACGGAAAUUCCAGGAGAAGAAGAAACUGGGUUUCAAGCAGACGGCCUACUCCGUCAACUUCGUCCUGACCAAGAAAAAUGCCGGGGUCACGAGAGCCAAGCUGGUGUGUGACACCUUAGGGAACUUCUUCUCCUCGGCAGAUGAGAGCCUGGCAUUAGAGCACGUGCCCAUCUGGUGGAAGAACAAUCAAGGGCAGAGGGUCAUGGUUGAGCACCUGGAAAAGCUGAACGCCGUGCAAGAAGCCCAUAAGAUAUGGACGAACAUGCAAAGCCUGAGUAAAUGCAGAGAAGAGGCGUAUAAAAUGACUCAUGAUGGCUACUUGAAGCUCUGGCAACUUAGCAAGCCUCAUCUUACCAGAUAUGGUGCCAUCUUCAUUGACGAGGCCCAGGACUGCACACCAGUCAUCCUGGACAUAGUGCUGUCCCAGCAGGCUGGGAAAAUCUUUGUGGGGGACCCUCACCAACAGAUUUACUCUUUCCGGGGGGCCGUCAAUGCCCUCCUUCACGUGCCACACACUCAUCUCUUCUAUCUCACUCAGAGUUUCCGGUUUGGGGCCGAAAUCGCCUACGUGGGAGCCACGAUACUAGACGUCUGCAAGAAAGUGAGAAAUAAAAUUUUGGUCGGUGGAAAUCAAGAGAGCGGCAUCAGGGGUGACACAAAGGGGCAGGUGGCUUUGUUGUCGCGGACGAACGCCGUUGUGUUUGACGAGGCGGUACAGCUGACCAAGGGGGACCAGCCUGCCAAGAUUUAUUUUGUUGGGGGGAUUAAAUCAUUUGGAUUGGACAGAAUUAUCGAUAUUUGGAUUCUGCUUCAGCCAGAAGAGGCACGAAAGAAGCAAAACCUGAUCAUCCAGGACAGCUUCAUCAGGAGGUGGGCACAGCAAGACGGCUACAGUAACUUCAAGAGGUAUGCGGCCAACGCCGAGGACAAGGAGCUGGAAGCAAAAAUUGCCGUCGUUGAAAAGUACAACUUCCAAAUCCCGGAGCUGGUGAAAACGAUUGAACGCCACCAUGUAACUGACCCGACUUUUGCAGAAUACAUUCUGGGCACCGUGUUCAAAGCCAAAGGUUUGGAGUUCGACACCGUGCAGAUUUCAGAUGAUUUUGUGAAAGUUCCCUGCGCCAGGCACAACCUCAGUCAGCUGCCUCAGUUCAGAAUCGGUAACUUUCCUGAUGACGAAUGGAAUCUGUUGUAUGUGGCAGUGACUCGUGCUAAGAAGCGUCUGAUCAUGACCAAGACGAUAGAGAACAUUUUAACUCUGGCUGGGGAAUAUUUCCUGCAAGCGGAGCUGACCAGUGACAUCCUGAAGGCCGGCGGGGCUCCGUGCUGCGUGGAGCAGUGCCACAAUUCUGUGUCCGAGGCAUCCGUGCUCACCAUGAGGAAGCUCUCCAUCACUUAUAGUGACAAGAAAGAGGACAAGGGCGGUUACCUUUGCCCUGCCUGCGUGGAGCAGCGUGUGGGGCCCCUGACGUUCCUGACGGCCUCCCCGGAGCUCGUGAACUCCUUGGUGCACACGGUGGAGGCACUGGUGCUGCCCGAGCACGAUGCCUGGCUCUUCGAUAUCUUCUGAUGGCCAGGUGACCGUGGCCCGGCCCACCCGCUGCUCUCUGCUCUCUCCGCCGCCCCGGGAGUGGGAGAGCUGCAUCACUAUAGGAUUCUGUGAAUCCUCGGCCACCCACCUAAUAUUUCUCCCGGGACCGGAAAAAACCGACAGAGGACUGAUGGAAAAGAAGGGCAGUUUCUCUCGCUUCAUUUUGAUGGUCCUUUGGAGUCAGUCCACUUGUGAGGUGAGGGCGGGCUCAGAAUGUUUCAGUACUGUUUUAUAUUAUGUGAUGUUGCUCCUUUGGAAUGCACUCGUGAAAUAGAUUGGGGAGAUUGGA